CGUCACAGGUGUUAUAUAAACCACCUACCUGCCUGCAGAUCUUUGUCACUCAAGGCGCAACCCACCAAAGGCAGUGAAGAUGAAAGUCCAAGACAUGACAUUCAAGGAAGGGCAGGAGCUCAAGAUCCGCGUCAAGCCCAAGGAUGACUGCUGUUCCUUCUCCAUCAACAUUGGCCACGACUCCGAGAACAUCGCCAUGCACUUCAACCCCCGCUUUGACUACGGGGGAGACAGCAACACCAUCGUGUUCAACUCCAUGUCCGGGGGGUCCUGGAUGGACGAGCACCGAGAGGGACACUUCCCUUUCUCGCGCGGGGAGGAGUGCAAGUUUUACAUCAACUUCAACAAUGAGCAGUUCUACAUCAAACUUCCCGAUGGCCACAUGAUAAACUUCCCCAACCGCCUGGGUGAAGUCAAGUACAAGUACUUCGCCGUCAACGGGGACGCCAGGAUCGUCGGCAUCAAGAUCAACUAGAGCUCGAGCGGAGCUUUUUGUUUUAUAUCACUGAGUCCUGGUCUGACAGUCUUGGUCUUUACUCCUGUUGAAAACAACAACAACAACAGCAACAACAACAGCAACAACAACCAAAAAAAACGAAACAACAUUGGAAAAGUGAACCAACUUGGUGGGAUGAUGGUUGUAAUGAGCAGAAAUGGCCUACAGGGGGAGCCACAGCACCUCACCUUGCUGUGCUUGCCUCUAGACUCACCACUCAGCUGAGUUUGUGAAUAAAAGCAGUGGAAAUAUAAAAAA